AUGGACUCGUUCGCAAAGCUCAAGCGCCGUACCACGGAUCUGAUGGACUCGGCUUCCAAGAACAUGCCGUCCGCAUCCAAGGUGCAGAUGCCCAACUUCUCUUUCCCGAGCUUCACCAAGUCCUCCUCCGGGCCCUCGAUGAAGGCCACAUGGCAGCACAUCUCGAUCCCGCCCCUGCCUCGCUCGUCCCACUCGCUCAAUGUCGUGGCCGGCUCGGCCUACGUCUUUGGCGGCGAGGUCGAGCCUCGCCAACCCGUCGACAACGACAUGCACAUUAUCAACCUGCCCAUCAGCGGCGCUCCCGCCGACUACUACAGCGUCAAGGCCAAGGCGUCGACCAAGACCCAGCUCGCCGAGACAGCACCUAUCCCCGAGGAGGGCGACCUGGCCACGCCGACCGAGCCCACAGAGCCUCUGGACGAGGUCCCCUUGUCAUCGCCGCCCGCGGUGACCGAGCCAGAAUCCGCAGACAAGGGCAAGUCCGCCGAGAGCAGCACAAGCCCUAGCUCGGCCGACGUGCCCUCCCCGAGAGUCGGCCAUGCAACCGCCGUGAUCGGGACGCGCAUCUUCCUCUUCGGCGGGCGGACGGCCGCUGCAGAGACGCUCGACGAGGCCGGCCGCGUCUGGAUCUUCGAGACCAAGACACACACCUGGUCGUACCUGGACCCGUCCAAGGACAGCUUGAUCCCGCCGCCGCGCUCCUACUUCGCAGCCGUGGCCACCGAGAAGCCGCGCGACUUUGCCAUCAAGCCCGUGCGGCGCACCGAGUCCUGGAAAGAGUGGGCUGAGGGCGACAGCGCCGAGGUCGGUAUCCCGCAGCGGCCCAUCGCCGGCAGCGUUGCCGCCACUGCGACCGACGAGGAGGAGUCGGGCUUCGGCACCUUCAUCAUCCACGGCGGCUGCCUCGCCGAUGGCUCCCGGACCAACGACGUCUUCGCGUUCGACGUGCGGAGCCGCAUAUGGAAGCAGCUCCCCACGGCCCCCGGCGCUCCGCGUGGCGGCCCGGCUCUCGCCCUGGCCAAGAGCAGGCUGUACCGCUUCGGAGGUUACGAUGGAACCGCCGAGAUUGGCGGCCAGCUGGACGUCCUGGACCUAGGCCUCGACCAGUUCGACGACCGCGUGAGCAGGGGCGAGGUCGGCGUCUUUGCCCGCGGCGACUGGACAACCCUGGCCCCGGCCACGAGCUCUGAGCAGGCCAGCGAGAAGGGCAGCCUGGUCGCUGAGGAGUGGCCCGGCGCCCGCUCGGUGACGGGCAUGCACCUGGUGCUGGCGGGCGGCGGCCGCGAGUACCUGGUCGUGGUGCUGGGCGAGCAGACGCCCAGCGGCGGCGGACACGAGGCGGCGGGCACAUUCUGGAGCGACGCGUGGGCGUUCCAGGUGCCGCCGGUGGGCAUGACGCCCGCCAGCUUCACGGACGCCAUGCUGCAGGCCGUGGGCCGCAAGACGGGCGAGGGCAAGUGGACGCGGCUGGCCACGGGCCCUUACGACGACGAGGUGGACGCCGACGUCGCGGGGCCCGGCGCCCGCGGCUGGUUCGCCAGCAGCAGCGCCGGCGACUACGAGGAGGGCGGCGUCGUGCUGUUCGGCGGCAUCGACCAGGAGAACAGGAGGCUUGGCGACGGGUGGGUGCUCAGACUUGCAUGA